AUGUUCUCAUCGUCCAAGCCUUCCUUAUUCUCUCCCUGGAGCUCCAUGGAACAGGCAGACACAGACGGACUGGACAUCAGCACCAAGGUGCAGCUACAUGGGGUGCUAUGGAAGAGACCUUUCGGACGGCCCUCGGCCAAGUGGUCACGGAGAUUUUUCAUCAUCAAAGACAGCUUCUUGCUCUAUUAUGCUGAAAAUGAGAAAAGAAACUUUGAAACCAACAGAUAUUUCAACAUCCAUCCCAAGGGUGUGAUACCCUUAGGAGGAUGUGUAGUGGAGCCAAAGGAAGACCAAGGCAUGCCAUUUGCCAUAAUUAUCAACCACGAGGACUUCAGUGGUAAUAUAGUCCUGGCAGCUGAGUCUGAGGCAGAACAGAUCCAGUGGCUAGAGAUGCUGCAGGAGUCUGGUAAAGUUACCUGGAAGAAUGCCCAGCUAGGAGAGGCUAUGAUUGAGAGUUUGGAGGCCCAGGGACUACAGCUGGCCAAGGAGAAACAGGAAUACCUGGAUAAACUCAUGGAGGAGACAGAGGAGCUGAGCCUGCAGAGAGAACAAAAGGAGGAGUUGGAGCGGCUGAAUCAGGUGUUAGAAGAGGAGAAACAGAAGUUUGAGGAGGUGGUGAUGGAAUUGAGGGCAGAGCAGGAGCAGAUUAAACUAGACUUAGAUGGCACAGCACAGUCUCUGAAAGGGGUGGAGUCUGAGAAGGUGGAGCUUCACAGUCUCACCGUACUGCUGCAGAAAUCACUAGAGGAACUUUCUCAAGAGAAAAAGCGCACUCUGGAUCUUCUCAGAGAGAGGGGUCUUGGAGAGAUGGAUUUAGAGGCCCAAAGCCAGGCAGCCUCCUUGGAUCCCGAGAACCCAGAUGGUCCAGAAGGUCAGCUCCAGGGUAACCUGCGGCACAUUGAAGAGCAGAUGAGAAAUUUGCAGAGAGAAAAGGAGCAAGCAGAGGAUAGGCUAAAAGAGAACGAGCAGCGGGCCAGGGUGUUGCAGGAGGAGAGGGAGUUCUACUCUGCUCAAGCACAGGCUCUCCAGCAGUCCCUUACCCAGCUCACCGCUGACAAACAGCAGACUGAGGCUGAGCUGAAGACUGAGAUGGAGUCUCGGGUGGAACUGGAGCACAGGCUGAAACUGGCAGAGGAGGCCUUGAAAGACCUUGAGCAGGGUUUAAACUGUCUGGAACGUUCUCAUGAAAGGGAUGAGAGGAUGCGAGGGGAUGUCAGUCACCUUCGCAAGUUCUUCGAAGAAUGUAUCUGUGCUGCAGAGAUAGAGGCCAAGUUGCCUGCUAUUAUGAAGAACGCUGUGUACCUACACAAAGCCGCCGCCCGUCGCAUCAAGAGCUGUCGUGUGCAGAGGAGGGUAUCCAGACACCACUGGUUGAAGCACUCACAGUCAUUUGUCCACUCAGCUGGUGCAGGUGCUAGUUUGGAGGAUUUAAAAGAGACAGCCCGACGCCUGACCUCUGACUCAUGCUUCAGGCAGAAAGUCUUCAAGAUCAUCGCUAGCCCAGAUACAUCCCAGUGA